CUCACCUCACCACACACACCGUUCUUUGAGGCUCUUUCCCUACACUUUGCUUUUCAAUUUUCCAAUUCCCCCUAUAUAUACCCACCACCACAUUCCUCUUCUCCACAACCAACUUCAUCAUAUAUAUUUCUCUUCUCUACAAAUUACAAGCUUCACCAUAUUCCUCUUCUCUAGAAAUUUACAAAAUGACAUCUCUUUUGUCUUCAAGUGUUCUAUCAUCAAUAUUCCUCGUUAUUUCUCUACUCCAUUUGAGCUCAGCAGCAAGGACACUGACUCAAAAAAAUGACGACAACUCUGAGUUAAAGUUCCAAUACCACAAAGGCCCUCUUCUCAAUGGAAAAAUCUCCGUUAAUCUCAUAUGGUACGGUAAAUUCAAGCCUUCCCAGCGAGCCAUAAUCUCUGAUUUCAUCACCUCCCUAUCCUCACCCAAAACCACCAUCACAGCCCAACCAUCCGUCGCCACAUGGUGGAAAGCCACCGAGAAAUACUACCACCUCACAAAAUCACCAAACCACGCCCUCACCCUCACCCUCGGUGCACAAAUCUUGGAUGAGAGUUACACAAUUGGAAAAUCACUCACCAAUGAACAGAUUAUUAAGCUAGCAUCAAAGGGUCCCCAUGAAAACGCAAUUAACGUGGUUCUCACAUCCGCUGACGUGGCAGUUGAUGGGUUUUGCUCUAGUAGGUGUGGGACACACGGUUCCUCAGUGGGUCUUCGGAAGGGACAAAAGUUUGCUUAUGUGUGGGUGGGUAACUCAGAGGCCCAAUGCCCUGGUCAAUGCGCGUGGCCUUUCCACAAUCCUAUUUAUGGGCCUCAAAGCCCGGCCUUGGUUGCACCGAACAAUGACGUGGGCCUUGAUGGAAUGGUCAUCAAUAUGGCUAGCCUGUUGGCUGGGACCGUGACGAACCCAUUCGGGAAUGAGUACUUCCAAGGUCCUAAAGAGGCGCCGCUUGAGGCUGCUUCCGCUUGUGCCGGUGUGUAUGGUAAAGGGGCUUACCCUGGCUACACUGGGGAGCUUUUGGUGGACGCUGCUACCGGCGCAAGCUACAAUGCUAACGGUGUCAACGGGAGGAGAUUUUUGGUGCCAGCACUCUUUGAUCCGACUACAUCAACUUGUUCAACCCUCGCGUAACAUGAUAUCCUCUUUUUAUAUAGUAACUUUAAUGACCAAAGAGAUUCUUUUAUUCGUCUUAUUUAUUAAUUGGUGUAAGAGUUGAUCAAUGAAGUUAUGCAAAUUCAAUGGAUUGAAGAAAAAUAUAUUUAUAUUCAGAAAUUGAGUUAAUGGAUUGUAUUAAUAUUUUUAAA